AGUAGGUUAGUUUCUUUUCCCUUUUUCUUUUCUUCUUUUCUGUUUUAUUUUCUUCUCCACUGUUUUGCAUUUUUUAUAUAAUUAGCAAAUGAAUUUUGUUGACUAUUGACAUUUAUCACAUAAAUAGUACUCAACAUAUUGAGCUAGCACCCAAAGUUUUAACUAGUUUGGAAUUAAUUACCUAUUUGUUUUAAUUCAAAAAGGCAAUUUAAAUGUUGUUGGAGCAGUUAUAAUGCUGUUAAGGGCAUUGUAAUAAUGGAAAUGAGGUUGGCUAAUUCAUGACAAUUACUUAAUGAAUAUUUGCUACCCAACGAAUAUUUUUGUUUGACAGUUUAAAGAAAUAACAAUUUGACUUGUAAUUGAAUUUGAAUUUGCCUUUGAUUUUUAUCAGGUGUUAAUUUGGCUUUGUAAAACAUGAUGACAUGGCAUCAUUAGCACGGGAUCACAGUAGCUUAAUUAUUGGGGCUUUACAACCCUUUCAUCAACGGAUAGGAGCAACGACAGAUGUUGUCAAGAUGGCGGCUUCAGACAUAUUGGUGUAUUACUUUCUGAGAUCUUUGUGAAUAAUUAAUAAAGUGGCUGCAUGUUACAUCGACAGAGUACAUACGAGGUGGACCAGAUUCCUCCGGCUGCUAACCAUGAAAAAGAUGCAUGCAUGUACGCAUGAGUGGUCACAAACUCACACCUACGUACAGGAUAGACCUGAUUAUGACGUACAUGUGCAUAAAGCUCAAGACAUGUGAAGUGUUAGCGAUUGCCAUCUACAGAUCCGUUAUUUAUGACGUACGUAUCACAAAUGGAGUCUACCACAAAAUAGAUGGAAAAUAAAGGACAUCAAAAUCACCUUAAACGUUGAAGGACAAAUGCGGGUGGUUGACGAGUCUUGCACAAACCCACUUGUGGGCAACCUAUACUUGUAUAUAAAGGGCUAGUAGCCAUACUUCAACCCGUACUUACUUGAAGCAAAGUAGUCGUACAUAUAAUCCAAAUGGCCUCAUCUGAUGUUCCGGGCAGUCCCGAGAGGGUUUGUAACUUCGAGCCAUCUGUUUGGGAAGAUUUCUUCAUCAUAUACGAGCCAGAGCCACUCCAGAUAUCUGAAGAAUGUAUGAGGGUGAAAGCUGACAAACUGAAGGAGGAUGUACGCAUGUUGUUUCAGACGUUCAAUGGUACUAUGGAAGAGAAACUGACCUUCCUGGACACACUCCAGCAUCUCGGAAUUGAUCACCUCUUCAGAGAACAGAUAAACAAGGCCAUAAAUGAAAUCCACGAGACUGAAUUCAAUAGCUGUAGCCUGUAUGAGGUUGCUCUUUAUUUCCGCUUGCUUCGAGAGCAUGGACUUUGGGUGUCUCCAGAUGUAUUCGAUAAAUUCAGAGGUGAAAAUGGGAGCUUCGACAUGUACAUAACUAAUGAUCCAAGGGGGUUGUUAAGUUUAUACAACGCGUCUUACCUUUCUCUCCCUGGAGAACCAGAACUCGACGAAGCCAUCGCUUUUGCACGACAUCAUCUUGAAUCCAUGAGAGGCAGCCUCAUGUACCCUUUAUCUGAGCAAGUCAGAAGAAACUUGGUGAUACCUUUACCAAGGACUUUGAACAGAAUAGAUGCAUCACAUUAUAUUGCAGAGUACAAACAUGAGCAAGAAUACAACCCCUCCGUGCUUGAGCUUGCAAAGCUUGACUUUAAUCUUCUGCAGCGUCUUCACCAGUUGGAGCUCAAGGCUUUUUCUCGGUGGGGAAACGAUUUAUAUGAAGAAGUCGGGCUAAGCUACUCUCGGAAUCGUAUCGUUGAAUGCUACUUCUGGUCAUACACGGAGCUCUACGAGCGACAUUAUGGUGUUGCGCGGAUAAUCCUUGCCAAGUUGUUUGUGCUAGCAAGCAUGUUAGAUGAUACUUUCGAUAUGCAUGCAACAUUGGAAGAGGGUCAGAAGCUUAACGAAGCUAUACAAAGAUGGGAUGAGAGUGCUAUUCCUCUUUUACCGGAGUACUUGAAGAAGUACUUCAUCAGGAUGAUGAAUACCUUCAGAGAGUUUAAUGAUGAACUAAAACAAGAUCACAAGUACCGUGUUGCUUACUGUAGGAAAGCGUUCCAAACUCUGUGCGGUUGUUACCAACAGGAAUCUGAAUGGUUUCAUAGUAGUUACAUACCAACCUUUGAAGAUCAUGUCAAGUGCUCAAUCAUCUCAGCUGGUACCCCAAUGCUAUUCGUCGGUUCACUUGUUGGUAUGGGUGAAGAGGCAACCAAGGAAGCAUUCGAGUGGGCCAUUGGUUGCACCGAUGCUGUAAAGGCUUGCGGUGAGGUGACACGUUUCAUGGAUGACCUGGCUUCAUUUAAGCAUGGAAAGAACAAAUUGGACGUGGCCAGCUCCGUAGAAAGCUAUAUCAACCAGUAUCAUGUCACGGAUGAGGUAGCAAUCGCCACGCUGGAAAAUCUAGUUGAAAAUGCGUGGAAAACUACAAACCAGGCACGAUUUGACCGUCGUGCUCUGCUCCCUCUUGUAAACCGAGUCGCUAGCAUUACUAAAAGCAUGACGUUAUUGUUCCAUGAUAGAAUGGACCUGUACACAUUCAGUCGUGGCAACAAAGACAGGAUUCAUCAGCAGUUCGUGCAGCCUAUCCCCCUCUAGCUUCUCAAUGGGUCUACGGGCGCCUCUAGUUUUCCAAAUAAGCACUUUCUUUUAUGCAUUUUAAGUUCCCAACUUGGCUUGUACUUACAGAUUUAAAAUAAGCACGCAUGUACCCUUACGUGUUCUUGUAAUCUAUUUUCCCUAUCUCAGAAUAUUGAAUGAUUGAGAUAAACUGAAUAUCUUUCUAUUGAGA